GCUGAUCUCCAACAUUUGACAGUUUUGAAAAUAUAGUUUGUGGUCACGCCAAAGCCACAGCAAUAACAUACUUUUUUUUGUAUCAACCAUUCCACUCUUCAUUGGACGCUUCACCCAUUCACUCUCGUUGACCACCACCACCAUGGCCACAAACAACAUUGUCGCCGACUUUGAGACCUGGCAAACAUCUCUCUUUGGUAUCCUGGUCAAGGCUACUAGGGCUGCCAACGCUAUUCCCGCUAGCGAUGUCAGCUUUUACAAGACCCUUGAUCAUUCUUUCGCCGAGAAUAUGAACGACGCCUCGACUGCGACCCUGGACCUCUGCAACGGACUCCUGCGUCAGGCCGCUGGCCAUCAGACUGAGCAACUUAAGGAUGGGGACGAUGUGGCCGACCGCUACGACAUUAUCGUGGACGCUGUCGACAACAUGCUGGAGAAAGUGGAUGUUGCUCUGGAUGAGAUGAAAGCUCCGCGAAAGAAAGGAGCACCCGCCAUUCCUCAAAGUACCCCCAUUGUCGCUUCUGCCAAGAAUGACAGGCUGGAAUACAAACUGAUUCACGCCCAAAACAUUGCUCGACCUCAGCUGCGAUUCCCUGAUCCAGUCGACAAUUCGUCUACUCCCUUCCUGCGCAAGAUCACAUACAAACCCAAUGCAAAGGUGGAUCUCAGUUAUGGCAUGGAUCGUACGUCGACUGACUCUUUCUCAUCGGAAUUAAUGGUGCAACCCCACCCUUACGAGUAUGAGAUCAAGCACUUGGAUUAUCCUCAGCACAUGUUUGAGCAGAGACCCGAGCAACUGUAUACGCCCUUUGAUCAGACAUCGCCAAUCUGGGUAGACACGGAGGAGGCGCUCAAAGACAUGUGCAAGGCUCUGGAGAUGCAGCGGGAGAUUGCUGUUGAUCUGGAACACCAUAACUACCGAUCCUUUCAGGGCUUUGUCUGUCUGAUGCAGAUCUCGACUCGUGAUCAGGAUUAUAUGAUCGACACACUAGAGCUCCGAGGAUCAUUGCACCUCUUGAACCAGUCCUUUACGGAUCCCAAUAUCGUCAAGGUCUUGCACGGAGCAGAGUCUGAUAUUAUCUGGCUGCAGCGAGAUUUCGGUGUCUACAUCGUCAACCUGUUCGACACCUAUCAUGCUACGAAACUGCUCGAAUUCGGAAGCCAUUCGUUGGCCCAUUUGUUAAAACUGUAUGCGGACUUCGACGCGGACAAGAAAUAUCAGCUGGCUGACUGGCGUAUUCGCCCAUUGCCGAAAGAGAUGCUCAAUUAUGCGCGCUCGGAUACCCAUUUCUUGCUUUACAUCUAUGAUCGUAUGCGAAACGCCCUCCUGGACAAGUCCAACCCAACAACGCACAACCUUCUGCGUGCGACCCUGCUUCGCUCUUCAGAAACGUCGCUUCGACUACAUGAGAAGGAGGUAUACGAUGCAGAGGGAGGCGAUGGCGCUAACGGAUGGAGGAAUCUUUACUCGAAAUGGAACCGGGCGCUCAACAACAUGCAGUUUGCGGUGUUCAAGGCAGUCCAUGCCUGGAGGGAUCAGACGGCCCGCGACGAGGACGAGAGUAUCCGAUAUGUUCUCCCAAACAACAUGCUUUUCAAGUUGGCUGAGCAGAUGCCAGAGGAGGCUUCGGAAGUGCUUGCCUGCUGCAACCCCGUUCCGCCGUCUGUCAGAAUGAAUGCGACCGAUGUUGCCAUGCUGAUCAGCCGCACCAAGGCCAGUGUACCAACGAUGCUGGGAGGCUUCAAGCCUAUCGAAAUUGAUGUCCCAGUGCAUGUGCGCUUUGACCCCAAGACAGGGCUCCAGUCAACAGAGGACGGCAAAAAAGCGACAGAAGGGUCAUCAUCUUCAUUAUUAUCUCACAAAGCGACACCAUUGGAGAGGGCAGCACAGGCUCAGGGUGGAAAGGUCAUUGCAGCUGCGAGUUCGGGCAUGUUUGGUCAAGGCUCAGUCCGGGCUUCUGCUGUUACCAGCAAGCCAUUGGCUGAUCCUACGCCCCUCAUGGCCACUCACUCAGGUAUGUUUGGGGACCUUAUAGCUUCUAGGGCUUCUCAGGCGGAGGAGGAGGGAAAGAAGAUUGCGCAACGGAUCAUGAUGGAAUUAUCACACCGGCCGGCAGAAGCCGCACCUGUAUUCAAGGAGGUCACCGAUACCGCGGACCUGGAACCUGUCAAGACGCCUGUCGCAGAUGCGAAGACAGAGGAAGAACAGCAGGAGGUGCUGUUCACGCCACAGGAAGAUCGUGUCACUAAGCAAAAGAGGACCGAUGUUCUCAUGCUCUCAUCCAUGUCCACGAAGCGGUCCAGAGCCAUUGACGAGGAGCGUGCAGAGCUUGCGCGGGAAGAGAUUGGAUCAGGUAACGCAGAAAUUGCAGGCGGCGACAAUGCAGAGGUGGUGUCGAUCAAGAAGAAGAAGCCCAGAAAAGAAAAGUUGUCUGCAUCGUCAGCCAGCGCGACACCUACGUCCUCAGCUGCCGUCUCGGGCGAUGAGUUGCCAGAAGCCUUCAAACCAUUUGAUUACAACAGUGUUCGGUCAGUUGUGGAUGAAGUAGUUGACAGCGCUGGCAAGAAGCGACAGAAGAAGAAGAAGGUCGAGGCGACCAACGAGCGCGCUGCACCCUUCGAUCCUUAUUCCAAACUGGAGGAAAAGAAGGACCUGAAGAAGAAGGACGCAUCAUUCUCGCGUAAUCCGAAGUCGGGAGCGCGUAGUAUGACCUUCAACACCAAUUAAGUGGAGCCAGACUUCCGCACAUUCUGCAAAAAUAAUAAACACAUUGUAUGCUAC